AUGAAAUGGACAAAUAAACCAUUUGUCAGUAAUUCUUUAAGCAUUUCACCACCAGUUCCAGAAUUAUCAACUACUUAUAUGACUCUAUCACCAAUAGAAUAUUUUAGUAAGUACUUUCCUGAGGUAGAGUUUGAAAACAUGGCCAAGUUCACAAAUAUUUAUGCCAAACAAAAUAAUUUUCUAAAGUAUGUAGAUACUACACCUUCAGAAAUGAAAGUAUUUGUGGGUAUACAUUUGAAAAUUGGUUGUCUUAAACAUACUAGGAUAAGAGCAUAUUGGACUAAUGAGGAUCGAGUAAAUAUAAUUGCGGAUAAUAUGUCUCGAAAUCGGUUUUUUCAGUUAAGGUCUUGUUUCCAUGUUAUGAAUAAUGAUGAUAUUCCUGAUAAUAAUGUUGAUAAAUUUAUUAAAGUUAGACCGCUUUAUAAUUCUUUUUUAAAUCGUUGUAAGGAAUUGCCAAUAGAAACUAAUCUAGCUGUAGAUGAACAAAUGGUCAAAUUUAAAGGGAAGUUAAGUGUCAAGCAAUAUAUGAAAGGCAAACCCUGCCCUUGGGGUAUUAAACAUUUUUUACUCUGCUCUUAUAAUGGUAUGGUUUACAAUAUGAUUUUAUAUCAGGGCAGUUCAACUGAAAUUAAUCAGGAGAUGCAAAAAAAAUAUGGCCUUGGGGGUUCUAUAGUAUUACAAUUGGUUGAAAAUUUAAAUAAAAACAAACAUUAUUUAUUUUUUGAUAAUUUUUUUGGGUCUUACAAUCUUUUUACAUCACUUGAUUUUUUGGGAAUUAAAGCUGCUGGGACAAUUAGAAUAAAUCGUUUUGCUAAUCCUCCGGUUAUAAGUGAUAAAGAACUUAAUACUUUAGGAAGGGGAGCUUCCUAUGAAGUUAGCUCAACAGAUGGAAAAGUUAGUCUAAUUAAAUGGUUAGAUAAUAAAUCUGUCAUCCUUGCUUCUAACUUUGUGACAUCAGGUAACCCAGAUAUUGUUAAGCGAUAUGAUAAGAAAAAAAAAACUUAUGUUGAAGUAGGUCGUCCUGAAAUUGUGAAAUUGUAUAAUGAUUCAAUGGGUGGGGUAGAUUUGCAUGACCAACUCAUUAGCUAUUACAGAGUGUUUAUAAAAUCUAGGAAAUGGACUUUGCGUAUGCUCUUUCACUCUUUUGACAUGGCUACUUGUAACUCAUGGUUAGAAUAUAAAAAUGAUGCUGAAGCAAUAAAUUUACCAAAAAAAAAAGUAAUGGACUUAUUAGGCUUUAAGCAAAAUUUAGCAUCAACAUUAAUUUCUUUAGGGAGUUCUGUAGAAACACCUUCCAGGAAACGAGGCCGCCCAUCAUCAUCUAACAAAAUUAUAGAUCAACCUAAAACGCGCACAAAAAAUCGUGUAAUUGAUAGAUACCCUACUGAUGCGACUAGAAAAGAUAAUAUAAGCCAUUAUGUAUACAUGGAUAAAUUAAGAGAUGCCACAUUCUGCAAAUUAGAGGGGUGUAAAAAAAGAACCCAUAUGGUAUGCAAAAAAUGUAAUGUCAAUUUAUGUAUAACCAAAAAUAGAAAUUGUUUUUAUGAUUAUCAUAAUUAA